UGUCCCUCUCUCUCUGGCAGCCGUUGAUAUGGCUGCAGCCAACUGCCGUCUCUGUGAAGAUCAGUUCCUGUGCCCCAUCUGUCUGGACGUGUUCACCGAUCCUGUCAGCACACCGUGUGGACACAGCUACUGCAAAAACUGCAUCACCCAACUCUGGGAUGGGAGCCUUAUAUGGAAGUGUCCGGUGUGUUUAAACGUUUUCACCACAAAACCAGACCUGCGUGUCAACGUUUUCAUCUCAGAGAUGGUCGGUCAGUUCAGGGAUAAAGCUCAGCAGGAAGCCAGCAGCAGCUCGGAGCAACGAGAGUCCAAACCAGGAGAAGUUCUCUGUGACCUCUGCACUGGAACCAAACUAACAGCCCUCAAGUCCUGCUUAAAUUGUAUGACCUCCUACUGUGGGACUCACCUGGAGCCUCACCUGACAACCUCACGCCUGAAAAGGCACCAGCUGAUCGACCCUGUGGAGAACCUGGAGGACAGGAUAUGUACAACGCAUGAUAAACCUCUGGAGCUGUUCUGUAAGACCGAUCAGACCUGCAUCUGCAUGCUCUGCUCCAUUUUAGACCACAAGACCCACGAUUUUGUUCCCCUGAUGGAAGAAUAUGAAGAAAAGAGAGCAGAGCUGGAGGAGAAAGAGGCUGAAAUUGAACACAUGAUCCACAAAAGACGACUGAAGAUUGAGGAGGUCAGACACUCGGUCGACCUCAGUAAGGAGGCCGCAGACAAAGAUAUUGCAGAAGGUGUGCGAUUCUUCACCGCCCUGAUGGCGUCUGCUGAGAAAAACCUGAACAAGCUCACUGAGACGGUUGAAGAAAAACUGAAAAAAAAACAGGAAAAGGCUGAUGAUGUCAUCAAAGAGCUGGAGCAGGAAAUCGCUGAACUUCAGCAGCAUUACACUGAUGUGGAGCAGCUCUCCUCCUCUGAAGACCACCUUCAUCUAAUCCAGAACUUCCCCACCCUGAAACCUGCUCCACCCACCAAAGACUGGACUGGGGUGAGAAUCCAUCCACCAUCUCAUGAGUUAACGCUUUUGGGAGCUUUACAUCAGCUGGAUAAAACUCUCAGUGAAGAAAUGAAGACGUUGUUACAAGCAGAGCUGAAGAGAGUCCAGCAGUAUCCUGUAGAUGUCACUCUUGAUCCUGAUACAGCACAUCUGCAGCUCUUCCUGUCUGAUGACGGGAAACAAGUUCAUCAUGUUGAUGAAAAGGAGAAUCUUCCAGACACCCCAGAGAGAUUCUCUAAUUGUGUUGCUGUUUUAGGAAAGCAGGGUUUCUCCUCGGGCAGAUUUUACUAUGAGGUUCAGGUAGAAGGGAAGACUAAGUGGACCUUAGGAGUGGCUAAGGAGUCCAUCAACAGGAAAGAAAACAUCCCACUGAGUCCUGAGGAUGGUUAUUGGACCAUAUGUCUGAGAAAUACGUACAAAGCUCUCGCUGGACCUGAGGUCCGUCUCCGUCCAAAAGCCAAACCUAAGAAGGUGGGGGUGUUUGUAGAUUAUGAGGAGGGUCUGGUUUCAUUUUAUAACACAAAAAAUGAAACACUGAUCUGCUCCUAUAAAAAGUGCUUCUUCACUGAGAAACUCUUCCCAUACUUCAGUCCUUGUCCCAACGAUGGCGGCAUGAACUCUGCACCGCUGAUCAUCACUCCUCUCACUCACACAGAGUAG